AUUAGAUCCCGUAAUCUUCCAUAAAUCUCUUCCCUUGAACUUUCCCCACCUCCCCUGCCCUCCCCUCUCUCUCGACACCAAACAUGAGCUCAUCUUCUCUCACUAAAAGAGAUUCCUUUUCACUCACUUCAACAAUAAAACAGACAGUUACUUUUCUGCUUCUUCUCUUAUAACUACCUCUCUUAUUUCCUUACACGUUUCAUAGAAAGAGAGGAAGAGACAUGUAUCAUCACACUGUAAACUCCCACUCCUAUUUGCUGUCUCAAGACGGGACCUUUAUUACUUGCUGUUUCUCUAAGUGUAGAAUUAGAUCAUGGAUCGUGUAAACGGAUUGAGAAAAUUAAAGGGUCUUAUUGAUUUUGAGUUCUUGAAUAUUAUUGAGUGAAAAAGAUUGGACCUUUACGUCUAAAAAUGAUGGCUUCAGGGAUAAAUUUGGUAAUGACAGUGAUUGGAUUUUCUGUAAGCACUAUGUUUAUAGUUUUUGUUUGCACUCGUCUUAUUUGUGCUCGGAUUCAGUUAAAUGCAUCAAGACGAUCUUUUCGUAUUGCUUCCAGAUCUGAUCUUAGCAUGUUGGAACGAGGUGUACAUGGUCUUGAGCCUGUAGUUAUAGCUAGCUUUCCAACCAGGAAGUACAACGAUAAGCUUUUCUCGGCUUCAGAAGAUGCUCAGUGCACAGUUUGCCUUGCAGAAUACCAUGGCAAAGAUAUAUUGCGUAUUCUCCCCUACUGUGGGCACUCCUUCCAUGUGACCUGCAUAGACAUGUGGUUGCAACAGCAUUCCACUUGUCCCAUGUGUCGAAUAUCAUUGCGUGAAUUUCCCGAGAAGAAGUGCGCGAUGCAACCCUUGUUCAGUUCAGCUAUCCGUUCUCAAUAUGGCACAGAGACCUUUGAUUCCCAUUCUUGUAACUAUUUGUUGACUGGGCAUGGGAUUUCACAAAGAUCAGACGACAGCCAUGGGAUGGACACCAUUCAAGAUAAUCUUUGUGCAUCUGAUGGUGAUGAAGCAUGUGGGGAGAAUUCACCCCCCUUAACCGAGAGUAAUCAGAUUGCAAAAGACACAGGAGACAAGCAUGUAGAAAGCCCGUCAAAUCCCUAAAUCCUUCAGAAGAGUCAAAUUUUAAGCUGCAUUCAUUAGGAUUUCCAAUAUCAGAGAGUCCAAAUAUGAGUAUUUAGAGUGAAAGAAGCUGGAAUUCAUAAGCCGUUGGAACAACUCCCAGAAAGUUCGUUGCUCUAAAUAUUCCACAAGUCACUUCCUUUUCAUUUUCCCGUCAACAUGGUUGAGUUCUUGGCAGUUUUGUUAGUUUCAGUUGUAAACUAGAAUCUGAUCAAGAAUAGUUCAAUGCAAUAGCAGUUCUUACUUUCCUCUA